AUGGACGGUGUUCCUGUCCAACUAUGGCUUUAUGACCUCAGCAACGGGCUCGUCAACCAUUUGGCUAGAAUCUUGUGUCCACAGAGCAAGAUUGACGGGAUAUGGCACUCGUCCAUCGUCGUCUAUGACCGGGAGAUUUGGUUCGGUAGCGGGAUCACCACUGCUGUUCCAGGGACGUGUCAUCUGGGUUUACCUCAUCAGGUGAUGGCGCUGGGUACGACAUAUAUCGACGAAGAGACUCUUGAAGAGUUUCUAGAAGAGGUGAAGGACUAUUAUACCCACGAGCGAUAUCAUCUUCUCGGCUUCAACUACCUCCCCAUCGACUUUGUCUCCACCAAUUUGGGUUGGCUUGCGAGUCCGUUGAUCCAAGCGUUGUAUCGAAAGACCUCGGAGUGUGUCAGCUCCUCGACCGCUUCUAUUCGACCCGUGGAGGACGAGGAGCAAGGAGGGGUGGUCGCCUCUGUCGAGCCCACCUCUUCAGUGCCAGAUGAGCGCUAUUUCGCGACUUUUGGUAGACUUGCCCUCAAGUCUCUUGGAAUCAUUCUUCCCUCUUCGCUCAGCGUCGUCGGACUGGCGCGAAAGGAGGCGCACAAGGUGACCGAUCACGAACAGACUGAUCCGGCCACGGUGUAG